AGGACCGUCAUUAACGGUCCAGGAAGACAAACCCUUGGCCGUGCUGCUAAUACAUAUGUGCUAAGUACGCUUGGGGGUUCAUUACUCUGUGUGCACAACUUCCCGAUCUCAAGAUGAGGACGUCUGAGCGGGACGCCCUCAAUCGGCGCCGUUCCUCCACACUACACUAUCAGACCUUCGAAACCCCGCCGCCGAAAUCGCGUGGUCGACCAAAUUCUGGUGAAUCCAGAUCCUCGGGAGCAGACCAACCCCACGAUGAACCCAACAAUAAUGAGUCAGAAGGACACUCUCCAUUGCCAAAGAAGCAGAUGGCCGUUUUGGCAAUGAUCUCCCUUUGCGAACAGACAGCCUUCAAUUCGAUCAGUCCAUACUUGCCUGAGAUGGCCUCGAAGUUUCCAGAGGUGGAACCGGAUAUGGUUGGCGUAUAUGUCGGAACACUUGCUACCGCUUUUGCCGUUGCGCAGUUCGCGACGAAUUACUUCUGGGGCUGGUUGUCAGACAGAAUCGGAAGGAGGCCGGUCAUUCUGCUGGGUACCAUAUUGACGGCGGCAUGCUUUGUUGCGUUUGGCUUCUGCAGAACAUUGGCUCAGGCGAUUGUCGUGCAAGCUUUGAUGGGUGCCGUCAACGGCAAUCAGGGCCUGGUAUCUACGUGUCUGGGUGAAAUCACUGACCGGAGUAACCAGUCAAAAGCUUUUACCUACCUCCCCGUCCUUUAUGGAAUUGGAGGCAUAACAGGCCCUUUAGUGGGCGGCUUGCUGGUCUUCCAUCAUAACCCGUGGGAUAGCAGCAAGCCCAAUCCGUAUCCGUACCUCGCACCCAAUCUGAUGUCUGCGGCAGUUUUGGUGCUGGACUUUGUCUUGUCAAUAUUUUUCUUGGAAGAGAGUCUUGAAGACCCUGAAGGUCUACCUAGAUUGCAGCAGAGGGUCCGCGAUUUCUUCUCCUGGCUGUGGCAGUUUACCAGUCUUGCGAAACGGGCGAGAUAUGUGCAGCCGCCACACCCGAUCCCGUAUCGCCCGUUUCGCGAGGAAUCUGUAGAUACAGCGGACCAUGACAGUGAUCUUGACUCGGCUUCAGAGGCAUCCAGUUAUCGUGGCCCUCGCCGCGCAACCUUGACGUCAACCGAACUGUUGAACCGGGACACUCUCCUACUCCUCUUAACGUAUCUUGUUUUCUCUCUGUGCAAUGUUGCCUACAAUGCGCUCUUCCCGAUCUUCUCACAGGCUGCCCCUCCCACAGGACGAGGUCUUACACCCUCAGAGAUUGGUCUUGCGCAAGGAUUUUCAGGUUUCGUAACGAUCAUCUUCCAGAUCUGUAUCUUUGGGAAGUUGAGGGAUAAGAUGGGAAAUCGGUGGUCCUACCGUGCUGGCCUCUUUGGCUUUGUGGUUUCCUUCAUCCUGAUGCCCUUCAUUGGCUACAAGGGUAACGACUCUGGAGGCCUGUCUGGUAAAACCGCACUCUUGGCCUUUGAGCUAUGCUCCGUGUUGCUGGUAAAGACAAUCGCCACUGUUGGCGGAUUAACCAGCGCACUGCUACUGAUCACCAAUUCCGCACCUGACCACGCAGUCUUAGGAGCCCUCAAUGGCCUCGCCCAGACCCUAUCUGCAGCCGGUCGCGCAGUGGGCCCGUUCGUAUCGGGCGGCCUGUUCAGCCUGUCAUCGCGGAUCGAGCCCAAGGGAGAAGCCCUAGCCUUCGGCGUUUUUGCUGGCAUUUCAUUCAUUGGAUUCCUUCUGAGUUUCGGCAUUCAAGGCCGGUCCCUUGAAGCCGAUGACUGGGAGAGUGACAGCGAUCACUACAAAUCCGACGAGGAGGAACCAGACGCGUAGGGGUCGACUUUCUUUCUGGCCAACUA